GUGUAACAUCUCAUUAUGGCACCAACAGCUCAACUGGACCAGCAUUCAUAUCACCAAUCAAGGCCACUGUUGCGCAGGGAGCGACUUCGAAUCUCGAAUGCCUGUCAAGUUUGUCGAUCCAGAAAGGUGAAAUGCGACGGUAGUCGACCAGCUGGACACGGUGGAGGCAAACGCAAGGCUGCCGGCCCCGGUACCGGAGCCCGCCGCCCAUCUAACAAGGAUGAGUUCAAUUCAUUCCAAAGCAAUUCACUUGAUGGACGAUCAUUAUCGCUGGAGCCUUUAGGCCCAGAGCACAUUAGUGAAGAGCAAGAUGGAGAUCUUGAUCCAAACCGGACUUACUUUACACCUCAUUGCCAGUUUGACGGCAAGGUUAAAGAGGUUGUAGCUGCCAAUGAUCAAAAGGCAGGCCUCGCUCCCCCUGCAGUCUCAAAUCUUGUUCCAUUUGUGGACGCGCCUCUAUUCGGAGAGCUUGAGCUGGACUCUCUGACUAGAAGCCGUGACUUCCUCGCCCACUUGCCUCCUCGUCCACAAGCCAAUUAUUUGGUAAGCAUUUACUGGCGACACGUUGAUUCUUUCGAGCCAGUAUUGGAUCGAGAACGGUUCUUUCACGACUAUGAGGCCUCUUAUACAAGAUCAUGGGAUGUGCUUCUCGCAGAUCAUGAAAUUUGGCUUUCCAUACUUAAUAUUGUUUUCGCUUUGGCGGUCCAGAGACAAGAAACGACCCCUGUACAAGAACGCGAUGCAGAAGCAACCCUCUAUUUCCAGCGGGCUUGGCUAUUUCUGCGCCCAGAGAAAUUUCUUUGGAAGCCUGGGUCAGUUCAGGUGGUUCAAUGCUUGAUGCUGAUGAAUCGAUAUCUCCAUUGCACCUCUCACCAGCAAAAGACUUGGAUGACCGGGGGCUUGGCUUUGCGAAUCUCCCAGAACAUGCCCUACCAGCCCCCUAAUAAGUCUUCAUCUCCGGACUCCGAUACUGAACGAGAGAUGAGGCAAAAAGUAUGGGCGACCUGUGUUUCGCUUGAAAAAUGUGUUGCUUGGUCCCUUGGAAGAACUUCGGUGCCGUCUAUGAUUCCUCUGCCCGAUAUGACUACUUCAAUCUCUUCGGUUUGCGAGGAUGAGAAGUUACGUACUGACCAUGAGUACUCCGUCCGUGGACUCGAGCUUCAUGAGAUUGGUAAUCAAAUUCAGUUAGCUCAAGUACAAACGCGAAAUAGAGUGGCCUCUAGAUUGGGGCUGCCACGACUUUAUCAGCAACCCGAAUAUCACACCGUGGCGGUUCAGCUAGACACCUGCCUUGACGAUUGGGAGAAUAGUCUUCCGAUCGACUGGCAGUUUGAGAAUCUACGAAAUCCUGGUGACAGAUUGGUCCAAGCAAAGGCGUUUUUGUUGCAUGCUCGCCUUCUUCAUACUCGAAUAUCUCUAUACCGGCCAAUGCUGGCACGCUAUUUCUCCAAACAGUUUCCUUCUACUAGUACUGGCCUGAGUCCCCGUCUUCUCAGAGAAUGUGCCGUGAUGUGCGUGGAAACAGCUGAGAGAAUUGUAACCAUGAUACUCGACUCAAUUGAGCCAAAUGAAGCGAUAGGGGUUCUGCCGUGGUGGUACCGAGUCUAUUAUCUACAUGUCGCGGGAACCACUUUCCUUGCAGCCAUGUUGGGUGACCUGUUCACUGAAUCAGUGUUACAAUCCUGGAACAGCAUGUUGACCACUCUUCGCGAGCAUGCGCAUUUGAGCACAUAUAUUCCACAAUGCAUCGCAACUUUCGAAACGCUCUCAGAGCGGAUCUUGGAAACGCGUAAUCCGCAUGUCAAUAAUGGUGUGGAUUCAGCUUUGGAUGAUUAUACUGCUGGGCUCUGCUUUGACGAUCUUUUCAAGGAUUUCGAUCUCGAUUUCAACAGCUUCAUAUUCGGAAUUGAGGACCUUAGCUAG